UGUGUUGGGAAUAAAGACCUAGCCGUGUGGGGAGACUCUGGCUGGGAUGGUCUAGGGGCCUACAGGGGAGGGGAAAAGUUUGAAGAAGAGAUGUAAGACUAGAUCCAGCGAAAUGUUUACGCCAUCAAGAGUGAAAUGCGGGCGAAGAAUGGCCGAAGUAGUAAAGGAGCGCUUGGAUUGUUUGUAAAGAAAUGUGCUGUUAUGCACUGAGGUUCUGGGGCCGCACCGGGUACGGCCGGCCCGCGGGAUCACACGUGUGCGCUGCUUGUCUCUGAGGCUGACCAGAGAGUAGAGGGGAAAGCGUGACCCGGGGCGGCAGCUCAGCAUCGGGCACGCGAGGCUUUUAAUCAGAAGCUUAAGGAAGUGACAGAAAAUGCUCAGAAAGGGAAGCCGCAGAAUGGGGAAGUCAACGGGUGGCUGGUGAGCGCCGCAAGGAAAGGGGAAGGCGGGCGAGGGGAAGGAGCUGAGGAGACGGUGCAGACGCGGGGUUGUCAGAAACGGGCGGAGGAUGGUGGAAGCGCUCAUUGGCCAGCACAGGAGCAAUUGGCUGCGGGGACGCUGGGAGCACCGGGGAAGCCGGCUGAGUGCAAGGAGGACCUGGAGGAUGUGAUGGAGCAGGACAAGCCUCAGUGUUAAUAAGGCAGCCAAGCCGUGUCAGAAGUUAAGAAAAUGAACUGAGUGCUGGAAGGAAAAGAUCUGGGGGCUCCCAGGGGCCGAGCGAGAGGAAGAUGCUGCUGCUGACGCGGGUUGUGUGGCUCUUAGUGCUCUGCGCCAUGGCGCUCGGCUGCCCCCGCAUUAUCUCACGCAAAGUGUGGAGUGCCCGGCCCCCGAAAAGCAGGGUCCUGCUGAGGACCCCAGUGUCCUACGUCAUCUUCCACCACACGCGACAGAAGUGGUGCUACUCAGCGUUCACCUGCAUCCAGAAGGUCAAAACCAUCCAGAACUACCACAUGGACAAGAGGGGCUUGGCCGACAUCAGCUACAACUUCCUGAUCGGUGAGGACGGCAGAAUCUACGAGGGCAGAGGCUGGAGAACGAGGGGGGCCCACAUCAAAGGCUUCAACUAUGAGUCCCUGGAACUUGCCUUCCUGGGCACCUUUUCCACAGGUACAAAGCCCAGCGCCGUCGCCCUGAACCUCAGCAAGAAACUGAUUCAAUGCGCCAUCUCCAAGGGCAUCCUGAGCCCCAACUACGUCGUGAUGUACUAACUGACUAACCUGGCACUGACCUCUCCAGGAUCAUCAGCAGGGGGCCCAGGUUCAACACCCGAGUCCCUGCAGCCUCGGGGCAGCCCCUGUGCCCAUCGCUGACCCCACCCGUGGCUUCUACCUGCUUGAGCAACACCUCCUCCCCCCAGCAGGGGGCAGCCUCCUGCUUCUCACCCACCUGCUGCCUCCUGGGGCCCAGAGAGCAGGGGUCUGAGAGUUGGGGUUACGCUCCCCUCUCCCCUGGGCUCUGCUGCCCCCCUCCCCCGGGGCUCAGAUUUCUAAUGGU